AUUAGAAAAUAGUACUACACAAACAAUUUGUUCACAUUUAGAAGACAUGGUUUUCAAACUGUCCUGCUGCCUCUCUAUCUCCCUCUUCUCUCUAAUAAUUUUUCUGUCCCCAUUCGCUUAUGGCCAACUUGAUUAUGGUUUUUAUGCUAUGUCAUGCCCUAACUUGUUCAUGAUCGUCCAGAUUGGUGUUUCGGCAGCUUUGAAGAAUGAUACCAGGAUGGCUGCAUCCCUUCUUCGGUUACACUUCCAUGAUUGUUUUGUAAAUGGCUGUGACGGUUCUGUGCUUCUUGAUGACACUAAAGAUUUCGAGGGAGAGAAGAAUGCUUUCCCCAACCGCAAUUCGGUUAGAGGGUUUGAAGUCAUUGACAAAAUAAAGGCAGAUGUCGAAAGUGCUUGCCCUUCAACUGUUUCAUGUGUUGACAUACUCACUAUUGCAGCAAGAGAAGCUGUUUUUCAAUCAGGAGGGCCUUUCUGGUAUGUUCCAGUAGGGCGGCAAGAUGGGUUAACGGCGAGCAAGAAAGCAGCCAAUGAACAGUUGCCAUCACCUUUUGAACCUUUAGAAAACAUCACUGCCAAGUUUGCAUCAAAGGGCCUUGACAUGAAUGAUGUAGUUGUUCUCUCAGGAGCACAUACUAUAGGCUAUGCUCAAUGUUUCACAUUCAAGAGGAGAUUGUUCAACUUCAAAGGCUCCGGCAACCCUGACCCAACUCUCGAUUCUUCACUUCUAUCCAACUUAAAAACCACUUGUCCUAAUGUAGACAAAUCGAACAACAUGCUUGCUCCUCUGGACACUGCAACCUCGUACAUGUUCGACAACGCGUAUUAUAAGAACUUGGUGAGGAACUCGGGACUCCUUGAAUCGGAUCAAGCCUUGAUGGGGGAUCCAAGGACUGCUGCAAUGGUGAAUUCUUAUAGCAUGUACCCAUUUCUUUUCUCCCAAGAUUUUGGAGCAUCCAUAGUCAAGCUUGGAAGUGUUGGGGUCCUCGCAGGACAAGCUGGGGAAAUUAGGAAGAAAUGUGGCUCUGUAAAUUGAAGUUAUAGUGUUUUGUAAUUUGUGGAACUUUUGUUUUGUAUGGUUCUAUGUGAGAAAAUUAUGAAUGUAUAAUAAAAAUGGAUAAAUUACUCUAA